AAAUUUUGGAAUCCAAUUCCAAAAUGUGGCUGAUUUGGAUUCCUAAGAUAUAGAAGGUAUUGGGAUUCCGGGUGGCUUGGGCAAUCCACUUGAUAAUUUUUUUCCCUUUAUGCCCUCACUUACUUUCAUUAUUUUCAAGAUUAUCCUUUUUUAACCUAGACUUAUUUUUCUUUCACCCAGCUCAUUUCUAUCUUCUCUCAGCCGCCUGUCUUCUCUCAACCGGAGCUCUCGUCACACAUACGGCUAGAAAAGGGGAGUGGAGGAGGAGGACUAGAGGAAGCACAGCUCAGACUGUGAGUUGGGUUUUGCUCAGAUUUCUUGCUUGUGCAUUAGACUAAUGGCUCGUCUAAGUUUGUCCACAAAGAAGAAAGUACAUGCUGCGUUGAAUGUGUUGAUUGUCUAUCUUCGAACUAUAUUUGUUGCAUGUGCUACUUCUUGUUUCUAUUCUUGGUAUCAUUUCCAAAAGCACCUUAGAAGUCCCUCACCUUGUCAAACAGUUAUAAGAGUUUACAAGCAAUUAGAAUACUUACAUGGUUUAAUUUAUGAGAGUGAUGUGACAUGUAUUGCUGAACUACGAAUGGAUAGACGAUCCUUUCAUAGAUUAUGUCAAGUUCUUGUGACUAGAGGACAUCUACGAGCUACUCGAAAUGUGUCUAUAGAGGAGAUGGUUGCAUUUUUUCUAUACAUUCUUGCACACCAUCUUAAGAAUCGCACAAUCAACCACCACUUUAGAAGGUCUGGUCGAACAAUUAGUAAGUAUUUCCAUGAGUGUAUUAAAGCAAUGAUUCGAUGCCAAAAGGAUUUCUGGCAAACACCUGAGCCUAUCCCUGAGAACUCAACUGACACAAAGUGGAAAUGGUUUAAGAAUUGUUUAGGUGCACUAGAUGGAACACCUGUUAAGGUGCAUGUACCAGAAUGUGAUAAACCAAAGUACAGAACAAGGAAAAAUGAAUAGCAACGAAUGUUUUAGGAGUCUGCACUCCGGACAUGCAGUUUAUAUAUGUUUUACCUGGAUGGGAAGGGUCCGCACAUGAUGGUCGAGUUCUUAGAGAUGCUGUGACUAGGAGAAAUGGAUUGAAAGUCCCUAAUGGUUGUUACUAUUUGGUUGAUGGUGGCUACACAAACGGAAAAGGUUUUCUUGCACCUUAUAGGCGAACUCGUUAUCAUUUGAAUGAGUGGAGAGAUGGUUAUCGUCCUACAACACCGGCUGAGUUUUUUAAUAUGAAACACUCAAGUGCUCGGAAUGUCAUUGAAAGGUGUUUUGGGCUAUUGAAAAUGCGUUGGGGAAUCCUUAGGAGCCCAUCCUAUUACGACAUUAAGACACAUCGUCGCAUAAUUUCAGUGUGUUGUAUGCUCCAUAAUUUUAUAAGGAGGGAGAUGGUUGUAGAUCCUAUAGAAGCCGAUGCGGAUGGGCAAUUUCAAGAUGGGAAUUCAGAUGCAAAUAACUAUAUUACCACUGUUGAGUCCUCAGAUGAGUGGACUGCAUGGAGGGAUAACCUUGCCCAAGAAAUGUGGAACAAUAGGGCGGUUCAUUGAGUUGGUGUUUGAUGUGUUUGUAAUCAUAAUCAUUUGGAAUGCUUAUGUCUAAUACUGUUUGUGUAAUAACAUUUGGAAUGUUGUAUUUGUUUCUAAGUUAAGAAAGACAUCCUAUUUGUAAUUGAAAUCAUUUGAAAUGCUUAUGAUUUCUAAUAUUGUUAUGUAGAAUGGCUUCUGUUUCAUCUGUGAAACGAGGAAGGGGACAACAGAAACACUAUUGGACAACUACUGAGGAUACAAUAUUGGUUGAAUCAUUGCUUGAGUUGCAUGGUGACCCGACUUGGCGAGCUGACACUGGUUUUAAGAAUGGUUAUUUAGGGAAGAUAUAAGUUAUGAUGGAAGCCAAACUCCCAAGAUGCGGAUUAAAGGCGUCUCCCCACAUUGAAUCACGCAUCAAGACUUUGAAGGCAAAAUAUUUUGCCUUAACUGAAUUGCUAGCUCUCAGUGGGUUUGAGUGGAAUGAAGAGAAAAUGAUGUUGGCUUGUGAGAAAAGUGCGUAUGACGAGGCUACGAAGGGUAAAAAGGAUGCAAGUGGAUUGUACGAUAAGCCUUUUCCGCACUACCACAGUUUGGGAGAGAUUUAUGCAAAAGAUCGUGCUGUGGGUGCAAAUGCUGGUAACGCUGAUGACGAUGAAGAAGAAGUUAGACUUGAAGAUGCCAAUGUCAAUCAACAUGAAGGUGAGGAUGAAAGUGGAAAUGACUUUGAUACUUCUUUCUCAGUACCAAAUACCCAACAACAAAGGAAUGCAGAAAGUAACACAUCAAACAUUAGUCGCAAAAGGGCAAGAGUAGCGGAUGAAAUGGCCAAGCAAUUCUCUAUUAUGGCUAAAGCUAUAGCCGAUGUGGGACCUAAGAUUGAUGGUCUAGUUCAUGCACUGUCAACCAAUAUAAAUCUGACCGAAAUGCAACAAAAACUUGACAGUGAGUUGACCAAAAUGGAGUUUUUGUCUCCCAUGGAUUUAUUUAAAGUCACUAACUUCUUGGCCAAAGAACAUGACCUUUUGAGGGUGUUUUUCAACAUGUCUGAUGAAAGGAAGAGUGCAUAUGUGACUACUUUGUUGCAGACUUGGAUGCAUAACGACAUCUAAGUGAUGGUCCAAAUAAUGUGAAUGCUAGUUUUUUGCUAUGACGUGCUUACUGCCAUGAUGACAUAUCAGGGAAAAUUGUGAAUGUUUUGUAAAUCUAAUGACUUAUUAGAUGACACCAUAAUGGUGAAGAACUACUUUUUGUUGAUAUUAUGAUGUUUAGGCAGGUUAAGAAUAUUUUGUUGACAAUCUGAUGUGUAGGCAGGUUAUGAAUAUUUGAUAAUAUGAUGCAUACGCAGGGUAUGACAAGUUUGCUUAGGUUGGUUAUGGUGGUUAGAUAGAUGUACUUUAAUGUAAAAUAUUAACUUUAAUGAAGUUAUUUCCUA